AUGCUAAGUUGUCGCAUAUUGACAUUUGGUCUGGUGGCCACACUUUCGUACGCCCUCACAGGAGUGCACGGCUCGCAAUACAGCUCGAAUAUGUUCCUCAAUGGUGAAUACAAAAAUGGAUUGGCAUCUCAUCCGGACCAUGAGUUCAGACCAAACCCAGCCGCUGCAGCUUUUAUAUCCAUGCUAAGCAAACGCGCAUCGCCCUUUGUGGGACAACAGUACUUGCCAACCCUGCUGGAGUGCAAAGGACGCGGACAGCAAUGUGUGCCCAAAGACAAGUGCAUAAACGGCUACUUUAACGAGCAGUUGCCCAAAGUCCAGAACUGUGCUCCAGAAGAAAAUGUUUGCUGUACAUACAAUCCGCCUACCCAACCACCCACUACAUCCACUCCCUACACCACAUGCUCAUCUAAUAUGGCAUGUGUCCCUCCGCGUGAUUGCCGCAAUGGAGAAAUUCUUGCCAAUGCUGUAGUAACUUUGCAAUCGAAAAAGUGUUUAGCGCCGAAUGUGUGUUGCGGCGUACCCUCUACCAUGCUAACGCAAGAUGGUUAUGUUUUGAAAACACCACCGACACCACUGACGUAUCCAUCUCCUGAACCUUUCAAGACGACUACUCCAGUGAAUAAAAAUUAUUUACCCCCUGUAGCAGCUCGUAAGCCACAACAGGCGCAACCACAAUCCCAAUCGCAAAUACUAUCUGAAGUCCAAACUCAAGUAAGACCUACCAACGCCCCUGUUCGGCCAACAGAAUCCAAAUAUAACCCCAGGGAACCUUCGCAACGACCUCAGAAACCCACGUUUGUCACACCCGCCCCUCCAAGCCGAAGAAUACCAUCAACAACGCCACCAAAAUAUCUACCGCCUGUCGAGCAUAAGGAGGAAUCAUCAAAUCAAGAAAAUGUCAUCUUGCGUGGUGAAGAUCAAUUGUCUCCACAAAUUUUCCCUACGAACCAAAAGAGACGACCAGGACAGUUUGUAUCCGCUGAACAGUCUUCCAUUCCCGCGGUCCCCGCCACUCCCUCGAAGUGUGCCUCAGCUUUAGUGUGCACCGAUGAGAAUUAUUGCAGUGCGAUCGGUGUUAUUAGCGAAACUCCCGUGGAGAUUACUCCUUUCAGAGUACCCUUAACCGAUUGCAUUAUUGAAGGUACCGGGGCACCCGGCAAAUGUUGCCGCGAUGCUAACUAUGUUGAUCCUUGGCCCGUGAAUUUGGCCGGUGUGUGUGCCCAGAGAAACAAGAACACGAAACCACAAGGCGUCAAAGAUAUAGAUACCAAUUUUGCUGAAAUUCCAUGGCAAGCCAUGGUCUUGCAAAACUCCUCGAAAUCCUUGUUAUGUGGAGGCGCAAUUAUUGGUGAUUCCCUUGUUCUGACAACAGCAUCUUGCGUACAAGGGGUGUCUGUGGCAGAUCUGCGAGUCAAAGCCGGAGAAUGGCAGCUGGGAAGUACUGACGAGCCGUUGCCAUUCCAAUUAGUUGGAGUGAAGAACGUCGAAGUGCAUCCAAAUUACGAUCCUCGUAGCGGAUCCAACAACAUGGCCGUUAUACAUCUCUCCCAACGUCUCCAGUUCGCCACUCACAUUCAGCCAAUCUGUAUUAGUGACAAGGAUCCCAGUCCAUCAGAGACAUGUGUGACCACUGGAUGGGGCAAGCAAGCACUGAGCAUACACGAAGAAGGAGCCAUCAUGCACGUGACCACAACCACACCAACGUCUCGCAGCGAUUGCGGCGCCGAUAGCAGCGGUGUUUGCAGUACUACUAAAUUUGAUGCAUGUGAAUUCGAUUCCGGAAGCGCCCUCGCCUGUGGAACCGGUUCCAGUGUUCUACUGAAGGGCAUAUACAGUGUUGAAAAUGGAUGCGGGGAAGGUGAAACCGUGCGCUUCAUCAAACCAGAUGUCGCCUGGGUGAAUAAACAGUUCCUCGAAAGGAGUAAGCCACUUCUUCUCAGAGUGUAA